AUGCGACCUAAAACAAGCUCACUUGGGAGGAAUUCCCAUGUCUAUCUUGUAUAUAUUUGCUUUUCUCUUUUAUCUGUGUGUUUUUCUUGGCUAAGUCUUGCAGAAACAGGUUACUGGGGAGAGACACCUAUUCGCUCGAGGCAUCAGCUCGAUCGAGCCAAGGAAGAGCCACCAGCUCGAUCGAGAUGUAUGGAGAUGGUCGAAUGGAGUGCUCCUGAUGGCCGCUUGCCCUCUCCAGACCACGACCUUGCUUCCCAGUUCUUUGGGGAGCACUAA